AGGACGUGCAGAGGAGCUGCUGGCACACCCACAGCCCUCUGACCUCGACCCAAGUAUGCAGGCCCCACCCUGCAGCCACCCAGCGGGGCUCAGCCUGGACGACUUCAUCCCUGGCCACCUCCGGGCCCAUGUAGGGUCAUUCUCCAGGGGGACUCGGGUGCCUGUGAUCCGGAAUGGUGGCUCCAACACCCUUAAUUUCCAGUUCCAUGAUCCUGCGCCCAGGACUGUGUGCAAUGGGUACUUCCCAACCAGGAGAGAGGCUUCCCGGCACCCAGACCCUGCUUGGUAUCAGACCUGGCCAGGCCCUGGGAGCCGGCCCGCGGGGACCCAGAAGACCCCCGCCUCCCAGCAGCCCCAGAACUGGUCAGCCACGUGGACCAAGGACAGCAAACGCCGGGAUAAGCGCUGGGUCAAGUACGAGGGAAUCGGGCCCGUGGAUGAGAGCGGCAUGCCCAUUGCCCCCCGAUCUAGUGUGGACAGCCCUAAGGACUGGUACCGGAGAAUGUUCCAUCAGAUUCACCGGAAAAUGCCAGACCUGAAUCUGGACUGGACCUUUGAGGAAGCACCCAAAGUGGCUUCCUCCUGUGCCACCUCUGCAGACUCAAGGUGUCCAGGGCCCCAGCAAAGACCUGCAUCCCGGCCAAGCCAGGCCUCCUCUCUGAGCGGGCCCAAGCCCGGCUGCCUGGACCUGGAGGGGUUCAACCCCACCUUGGGAAUGAGGGACUUUGCCCUCAGUGAAAUCGAUGAGCUUCUUAUUCUUUUCUGGACAGGUGGCUCACUCACUCACUCACUGUGUCCCCGCAGCCCGGCCUCUGCCUGGAGCCUCAGCAACCCGAAUGCACUUUACCGGGGCUCCUCCUGGCCCCUGAGCCCCCACAGAAUGGCGGAUGGAGGAAGCCCCUUCCUAGGUCGCAGGGAUUUUGUCUACCCUGCCUCAACCCGAGACCCUAGUGGCUCUGAACGAGGGGUCAGCCCUGCCAGGAAGGAAGAAAAGAAGAGGAAGGCUGCCAGGCUCAAGUUUGACUUCCAGGCACAGUCCCCCAAGGAGCUGACCCUGAAGAAGGGUGAUAUUGUCUACAUCCACAAGGAGGUGGACAAGAACUGGCUGGAGGGGGAACACCAUGGCAGGCUGGGCAUCUUCCCUGCUAACUACGUGGAGGUGCUGCCUGCAGAUGAAAUCCCCAAGCCGCACAAGCCCCCGACCUACCAGGUGCUGGAGUAUGGAGAAGCCGUGGCCCAGUACAAUUUCAAGGGGGAUCUGGAGGUGGAGCUGUCCUUCCGAAAGGGGGAGCGCAUCUGCCUGAUCCGAAAGGUGAACGAGAACUGGUAUGAGGGGCGCAUCUCGGGCACCGGGCGCCAGGGCAUCUUCCCGGUCAGCUACGUGCAGGUGAGCCGAGAGCCCCGGCUCCGCCUCUGCGACGAGGGCCCCCAGCUCCCCGCGUCUCCCAGCAUGACCGCCGCCCGGCAGGCUGCCCGUCACCCCAGCUCCCCGGUAACACCACGCAGUCCAGCUGAUCCCACCGAUUGGGGGGGCCGGACCUCCCCCCGCCGCACCGGCUUCUCCUUCCCGGCCCAGGAGCCCAAAUCCCAAACCCAGAGUCUCAGCACCCCUGGGUCUUCUCUGUCCCAUCCUGGAGGUUCCAGCCGUGCUGUGGACCUGGGGACCUCCUCCCACACCACCACUCAGAUUAACUGGACCCCGUACCGGGCAGUAUACCAGUAUAGGCCCCAGAACGAGGACGAGCUGGAGCUGCGGGAGGGGGACCGGGUGGAUGUCAUGCAGCAGUGUGACGACGGCUGGUUUGUGGGUGUCUCCCGGAGGACCCAGAAAUUUGGGACAUUCCCUGGAAAUUAUGUAGCUCCGGUGUGAGAGGUCUCCAUGGCAACUCAGAGCCCGGCCAGGAUGGAGUGGAGAGCAGUAGCUCUUCUCAGAGGAAGAGAGGACCCCCUUCCCACAUCUUCCUCCCCAGGACCUGGCUGCUGGCAUCUGCAGACAACCCAACAGCCUUUCCCUUGGAGCCCCCUCGGAGCCCCCCGGACUGACUCCCACCCACAGCUCACAAGCAUUCCUCUCACAGUCCUUUUAUUUCCUCCCCUACCCCGUUCCCCAAAUACAGAGGUCUGCUUUGAAGUGGAGACUGUUUCCCGGCCUUAUUGAGACCAGACCCCCGAGUCCCCCACCCCCACCCUGCUGUGGCGUUUCCUCUAACAGGGACUGGCUCCCAGCUUCACCCCCAUGGGGUUCCUCUAACAAGGAGCAGCUUCCUAACCUCAUAGAGACCAAAGGCCGCCCGCAGGGGAUUCCUCCCCUGUCACUCCAGCUGGUCUGCUGCCCCCUUUGCCUUCCUGCUUCCAGCUGGGCCUGGGAGUGGGGUGGGGGUGGGCGCAGCCCCUCUUUAGCACUUGGGGCCUGGCAAGAGGUCUUACCUGAAGGCCCCCUUUUCCCAAAAGCUGCCAAGCCCUGGGCCUGGGCUGUGCAUAUGACCUGCUACUGUAGUGCCCAGAAGGUCGGGCCUCAGAGGUCGUGCCCUCCUGCCUCCCCAGCUCCCCCCAGCCCUCAGGUCCCCUCUGGAAGAGAAUGUAAAAUAAAUGUGGAUACGGGGA